AGGGAGCAGAUAUCCGACGGACCCAGGUGCGAACUUGGAUCUAUGAUGGCGGUGGCUCGGCACCUCUUCUCGCUCCGGCCGCCACCCCAUCUUCCCCGCGGCCACUCCGUCCGAGUCCAAGUACGAGUCCGAUGUCUCGCUGCUCUGAGGACGAGGACAACCAACAAGAAGGAGAAGGCGGAGGCGGAGGCGGAGGCGGAGGCAAAGGCGGCGGAGCGCCUCACGCGGCGGACACGCUCGGACUCGGAGUUCGACUGGGACCUCUACCGCCGACACGCCAGCGGAGGAUGUGGUGGUCUCGGUGGGUCCCAUGUGCCUGUGAUGCUGGGUGAGGUGCUGCAGGCCUUCCGCGGCCUCCACCUUCGCUCCUUCGUAGCGGCAAGGAUUCUUGGCCUCCGAGCAUACACCCACGUCGGGAACUUCAAGUACGUCAAAUCCGUUCUCGGCGGCGUCGACGAGGCCGUCCUUGAAUCUGGCGUCGACGGCAUCUUGAUGGAUCUCGGAAUGUCCUCUAUGCAGGUGGAUCGGCCGGAAAGAGGGUUUAGUGUGCUCGCCGACGGGCCUCUUGAUAUGCGGAUGGACCCCCAGGCGAGUUUGAAAGCAGAAGAUAUAUUGAAUUCAUGGCCGGAGAAUGAAGUGGGUCGUAUCCUGCGUGAUUAUGGAGAAGAAAGCAACUGGCAAUUCCUUCAAAAACAAAUUGCUAAAGCUCGUGGGAGUGGGGGAUUGCAUACUACUGCUGAACUCGUUGAUCUUAUACGGAGAACAUCUACCUCGUCAGGAGGAAGACGAGGUUGGAUAAAGACAGCUACAAGGGUGUUUCAAGCACUGAGGAUAGCAGUUAAUGACGAACUCAGGACUAUAGAGGAUGCCCUCUAUGCUUGCUUUGACUGUCUUUCCUCUGGUGGUCUGCUCGCUGUCAUCUCUUUCCACAGCUUGGAGGACAGAAUUGUGAAGCGAACUUUUCUCGACAUCAUUAACGGCAGUGAAGUUGAUGUAAGCGGUGAGUGUCGUACGGAUGAAGUAAGGUCUGAUGAGAUUGACAAUGCAGAAGCAUGGUGUAAGCAUAGAGUGCAAGGCAGGAAUGGGACUGUGCUCACGAAGCGACCGAUUACACCUUCGAAGGAGGAAGAGAAGUUGAAUAGGAGGUCAAGAAGCGCAAAGCUCAGAGUUCUUCAGAAGGCCUGAUGCACAAAAAGGAAAAUGUUCAUUCUGGGCAAAGACACCACUGCUUUAUUCACGUUGAAGAUUCUAGAAUAUCUAAUCGAACUGCUGUCUGGUUGUAUGCUAAAGAGAUACAACUCAAUAUUUUAUUUUCCACAAUCAAUAGCUUAACCAAAGGUUUAAUAUUAAGAUUUGUAUUUGUUAUUCUGGAGUAAACCCUAAAAAGCUCAGAGCAACCUUUCCGUCUCUGUAGAGGAACCUUCCGUCUCUGUUUUGGUUAACACUUUUACGGCGUAAA